GAGCAUAUAUUAGGGUUUUCUUUUCUUUCAUCGUCUCUUUACGUGGAUAGGCGGAUAGUUUCUUCUUUCUUCACGCGGCCUCUCCUUCGCCAUCACUCACGCGAAUCUCAGCCAUGGCCGCCGCCGAAGCAUUGGACGCGGAGAUGCAGCAGGCACUCACCAAUGAGGUCAAGCUCUUCAACCGUUGGAGCUUUGAUGACGUUUCGGUCACAGACAUCAGUCUUGUUGACUACAUCGGGGUUCAGCCGGCAAAACAUGCAACCUACGUGCCUCACACUGCCGGAAGAUACUCUGUGAAGAGGUUCAGGAAGGCUCAGUGCCCAAUUGUGGAGAGGCUGACAAACUCUCUUAUGAUGCACGGUAGAAACAAUGGUAAAAAAUUGAUGGCCGUGAGGAUUGUCAAGCAUGCCAUGGAGAUCAUCCAUCUCUUAACUGACUUGAACCCAAUUCAAGUUAUCGUUGAUGCCAUCGUGAACAGUGGGCCCCGUGAGGAUGCCACCAGGAUUGGUUCUGCCGGUGUGGUCAGGAGGCAGGCCGUCGAUAUAUCUCCUCUUAGACGUGUAAACCAGGCUAUCUACUUGCUCACGACUGGUGCACGUGAAGCUGCGUUCAGAAACAUCAAAACCAUUGCAGAGUGCCUCGCUGAUGAGCUGAUCAACGCAGCGAAAGGCUCCUCCAACAGCUACGCCAUCAAGAAGAAGGACGAGAUUGAGAGAGUUGCCAAGGCCAACCGUUGAAGAACCUCCCUUUUGCCCUGCAUUACAUAUCUUCAAAGAGUGUUUUGUUUUGCAAUUUUUUUUUUCAAUUACAAGCAUGGGAUGAUGUUUCAGAUGUUUUGUUCAAUUGGCAAGAACUUAAUUUCAUAUAAACUUCUUUAGUAGAUAGAUAAAUUUUGAGACGCCUUUAGCAA